CACUGCCCCCCCUCCUCCUCCUCCUCCACCAGUUUACAGGAAGUCACUGACACCAGUCCGGAGCUGAUCACACUGCACAGGAGAAGCAGACGCACUGAGAAGACGGAGAGCAAGACCCAAGAUGCCGCUGCCUCCUCCAUGUUGUGGUCUCAUCGUUGUUGCUUCCAAACUUCCUGUUCCUCUCAAGGGGAUCUCUGUUGACGUCCAGGUGAAAGGCUUUGUGGCUGAUGUGUCUGCUACGCUCAAGUACAAGAAUGAGGAGGAGAAGGCUGUGGAGGCCAUCUUUGUAUUCCCCAUGGAUGAAGACUCAGCUGUCUACAGCUUUGAGGCCAAAGUAGAGGGAAAGACCAUUGUAGCUGAUCUCCAGGAGAAGAAACAGGCUCAUAAGACCUACGAUGAAGCCAUCAGCCAAGGCCAGCAGGCUUUUCUUCUGGAAGAAGACGAGAGCUCUGCUGAUGUUUUCAGCUGCAAUGUUGGGAACCUGCCACCUGGUCAGGAGGCUGAAGUGACAUUAAAAUAUGUGCGGGAGCUUCCAGUCGAGGCUGACGGCGCCGUCCGAUUUGUGCUUCCUGCUGUCCUCAACCCUAGAUAUACCCCAAAAGACCAACCUGUGAGUGUGACUGCCACACGCCCACAGGUGCCUAUAGGAGAGAUCCCCUACACCCUGAGUCUGAGCGCACACUUCCAGUCUGCAUUCGGCAUUGUCAAGAUAGUAUCCAACUGUGAUAUCAGCCCUGUGGAGUACACUAAUGAGGACAAGACCGCAGCCAAGGUAUCGCUGGCUGAGGGACACAAGUUUGAGAGAGACGUGGAGCUCCUUGCUUAUUACUCAGAGGUGAACAAACCGAGUGUGACUGUGGAGGCUGGGUCAGUACCUGCUGAUGCUGCCAAGGAGUCAAAGUCAUCAGGAUCUUUGAUGACCGAGUCUGUCGCCAUGUUGAACUUCUAUCCCAGUUUCCCAGCCGUGCAGGAACAGACAAACUGUGGAGAAUUUAUCUUUGUGGUGGACCGGUCCGGGAGUAUGGAGUGUGCAAUGAAUUCAGAGCCAAAUGCUCUACAACGUAUUGACAGUGCGAAAGAGACCCUCGUCCUUCUAUUGAAGAGUUUGCCUCUUGGGUGUUACUUUAAUAUCUUUGGAUUUGGUUCCCAUUUUGAGUCUUUCUUCACGGAGAGUAAGGAGUAUACACAACAAUCUAUGGAAGAAGCUGUUAAGAAGGUCCAGGAGAUAAAAGCCAACUUUGGAGGAACAGAAAUCUUGAGACCUUUAAAGAAAAUCUAUGAUACCGCUGGGAGGCCAGACCACCCAAGACAGCUUUUUCUCUUCACGGAUGGAGAGGUUGGGAACACAAAAGAAGUGAUUGAUGAAGUCCAGAAAAAUUCUAAUAAUCACAGAUGCUUCGCAUUUGGGAUCGGUGAGGGCGCCUCCACAUCCCUCAUCAAAGGUAUGGCCCGAGCAGGUAGUGGAACAUUUGAGUUCAUCACCGGCAAAGACAGAAUGCAAACCAAGGUUCUUCGGGCUCUAAAAUGUUCCUUACAGCCCACUGUGAAGAAUGUCUCGCUGACUUGGUCUCUUCCCUUUGGCAUGGAAGCCAUUCUCCUGUCUAAGGUCCCCACCGCCAUCUUCCAGGGACAAAGGUCCAUUGUGUAUGCCCAACUGAAAGGAAAGGUGGAGACUGAAGCGGAAGGUGAGGUUUGCCUGCAGUACAACUUUAAGGAUGAGCUUUUGAAGAACACCAUUCGUUUCCCUCUUAAAGUGGAGAAAGCUGAAAGACCCACCAUCCAUAGACUGGCAGCUAAGUCUCUGAUCUCUGAGCUGGAAUGUGGAAAGGACUCUAGAUCCGAGGAUGGGAAGAAGAGGAUCCUGGAGGUCAGUCUAGAGUCUGGAGUCAUCUCCUCGCUUACUGCCUUUGUUGCUGUUAAUAAAGACACCAAGACUCCAGUGGAAGGUCCUCCAGUACGAAGAGACAUCCCUGCUCCAGGUUUUAUGCAUGGUAUGAUGUAUAGCGCACCAAUGUCACUAAUGGGUAGUAGUGGACCAUUACCUUUGAGCUGUCGUAAUAUGUCUCAGCCAAGAUUCGGUGGAGGAGGUCUGAAUUUCAAAUCUUCAGCAGCUCCCAAGAUGAUGAUGAAAAAAAGUGCCAAAAAAAUGGCAAGUUUAGAUUCUGGGCCCGUGUUAGAAGCUGAAUACAUGGAUAUGUCACCACCACCACCACCACCACCAGCUCAAGUCCAGAAGAUCCCCCCUUUCGUCAGUUUGAUUUCCCUGCAAAACGCUGAUGGUUCCUGGAAUCUUACCCCAGAAUUUUGCUCUAUUCUGGGAAUAUCAGAGCAGGACAUUAUUAACAAGAAACCAGAUCAGAAUAUGGACUCAUCAGUGUGGGCGACGGUCUUGGCGGUGAUCUGGCUCCAUGCAUCUUGUCUGGACCAGAGAGAGGAAUGGGAAUUACUGGAAGGUAAAGCCAUCUCCUGGCUUAAGGCUAAAGCAGGUUCCUCCUUGGAUCAGUUGGUCAGAGCUGGAAAUGAUCUGCUGAAAUCCUCUGUGAAUCCUAAUGUGUUUGGCCUGUGAGAGGAAGAAUGAAGAUGGCGGAGGUCUUCGGGUACGACCACACGGUCAGGUCUCUGCAUGCAAUUUUGGAAGCCAAAAUCAGGAGUGGAUCAUAAAAGGAGAGAAAAUAUAAAAGGAGAAAUAGAACUUCUCCUAUUUUUUUUUAACUCACUUCUGGUUUGGGCUUCCGAAACUGCAAGCAGAAACCCGGCUGUGUGGUUGUACCCUUCUAAGGAAUACUGCCGCCCUCCAGAAUUGUACUGCUUCUCACCUUUACUUUGGAAUCAAUUUUCAUGAUAACAUUUCUGUGCCUUUAUUACUCUUGAAAUGAGAUACAAGCCAAAGAUGCAAGUGAUAAGUCUAGAGAAUCAUCUUCUAGUUAUAUUCUCAUUACACAGACCUGUUAAUGUUCGCUUAUUUUUAGAAUGUACAGAGCAGCUCCACUGAAAUAUAUGCAUACAUGGAGAGAGGCCUUAGGGGUGUAUUGACACUUGGGAAGGUAGUAGUGCAGAAGUAAACCACUCUACAACUCCACCCUAAAAACUGGAUUAUUUCGUACCACACUCAAUCAAUAGAUACCAAUCAAUAGUACAUGUGAAUUUUGUAAUGCAUUUCAUCAGAGAAAUAAUGCCUCAUUCAACACUUUUCAGAAUUUUCUCUCCCUCUCCUCCUAAAUCAACAUUCUUUGCUAAAUCCACCUUGAGAGACUGAUAAGGACUGUCAGCUCACUGAAGGAUCAGAUUAUAGCUGCCAAUAGAAGUCUAUGGCGAGGGAAGGAGGCGUGAAUUACUAGAGGGAAAA